ACACUGCGCAUGCGCCGCUCUCGUACGUCGCACUUAACCACAAAUUCGACGCCGAACCGGCGGAUCGUAUCCGCGUGUUUGGCUCAACGAUGAUCGAAACUGACAAGAUGCUGCAUCUGACAAGAUACGUGACGCUUCUUAGAACUGGUACGAAGUCGCGGAUUGCCCGCUCGCAUCUGCCUGCGACGUCUUCGUCGUCGUCGCGCAAAAUAUCGAAUCACGCGACACAUCAAGGUUAUGUUUCCCGGUACGUGCAUCACGGCCUGUCGCAGCUGCGACCCUGCGAGAAUUACGCGAUAUGUGUCAGGAUGUUAGGCACGACGGUCCCGCAAUCGUCGAUCGACGACAUCGAUCACAAAUUGAUAUCGUUGUGCGAUGACAUUAAGAAGGGCCGAGUGUCGGGGGACAGUUUGAAGAAGGUUGUUAGAUUAUGCGACGAGAGCGGCUAUCAGUUACCUCAUGAUACCGGUGUGCUGCUACUCAAGUGCUGUGGCAGUCUAUCGUCCGACCUGGAGACGACCGAGAGGCAAUACUUAGUGGAUCAGGUAUGGCAUCUUGCGAAAAAAACCAAAAAAGAACUGUCGUUGGAGUAUUAUAAUACUUUGCUGAAUGUUCAUACGGAGAAUUCGAGUUCUGUGGAUCCUAAGAAGUUCUUGGCAGAGAUGAGCGUGGAGCCAGAUGAGACUACCUAUCAUUUGCUACUCAAUGCAGUCGCAAAGAUGGGCAACACCAAUCAUCUGCAGGAUAUCAUGUCUAUGAUAAAAGAGAAGAACGUCACCAUCAAUGAGGAUGCAUUCAAUGCUUUGGUGCAUAUCUAUGCGACCAAUGGCAAUAUUGCUCAAGCAGAACACAUGAUGACACUCAUGCGGGAUGUGAAACUAUCUAUGGACAAAGCGUAUACAGAGCUGGCGUGUGGAUAUGCGAAACUCGGUGAUAUUCCAAAUCUGGUUAAAAUAUUGAACGACGAACCACAGAGCGACAUGAAUGUUCUGAGAUUGAUCAAGGUUCUGAGUCUGUCCGAUAACGGCAGACACAUUCCCGUUGUCUUGAACUUUCUAAAGGCUUCUGUGCCAACUAUCGAGUCGCAGAUCAGUAAGACGAUAAUAGAAUUGAUUCGCGUCGAUCGAGCUAUGGAUGCUCAUACGAUUAUAAAUUGUUACGCGAGGAAUGAUACGACAAAGGAUGUUGCGAAAAGCUUUGUAAAUAAGUUCUUGAACGAAUUAGUCAUGUUAAAUGCAUCGGUCGACGACAUCACGAGAUAUGCGACCGAUUUCGUGGAUUCUGGAUGCGAACCGCUGGCGUUGACCAAUGUAGUGGAAUCUGGCUUGAAGCUAGGCAGAGAAAAUUUGUGCCUCGCGAUAUUCGCAGCGAUGAGAGAAAAGAAUAUAGAGGUACGACCACAUUAUUAUUGGCCUUUAUUAGCACAAGCACAUUAUAAUCAGGGGGAAGCAAAGAUAUUCUCUCUAAUAAAGCACAUGAUAGAUACAGGAGUAGGAUUUGACCAUGAUACGCUGCUCAAUCAUGUGUAUCCAUAUAUAAAUACCGCAAAUGUAAAUAUUUCUCUGCAAAAAUUAUUAAUUAAUGGCGUACCUGGCUCUAUUGUGUGUACGUCCCUGAUAUCCUUUCUACUGUCUCACAAUCGGAUGGAAGAUAUAAAAUUAUUGUGCUCAUCCAGUAAGCUAUACAGAAUACAUUACAGAGAACUGAUGAAACCUCUAGUGCGUGCUUACAUGGCCACAAAGGAUAUCCAGACCUGUGUAUUUUUAUUAACAAUAUUUCCAUACAAUCAAAAUUUCGUCCCUUUAUUCUUGAGGACGUUAUUGAACGAUAAACGUUUUACCAUGCAGACUUUGCAAUCUUUCUUGGAAGAAUUUAAUAAACACGGAAUCAAAAUAUCGCAACGAGAUGCAACUAUUCUCAAGAACAGAUUGUUGAACGAAAAUUUUAAUAUUGGAGAAGAUGUAUACAUAUUGAAGCAAAUAGACAGUCUAGUGGAUACUCAUCUGAUGGAAUCGGUGCUCUCGACAAUGACCCAUCCGAAGUAUAUGAAUACUUCGGAAUUAGCUUGUUAUCUGAUAGAGAUGAAGAGCAAAAAUCGCGGAACCAGAACCAUUCUACGCCGGUUGAUGGAGGCGUAUUGUAGCGAGAACAACUUGAAGAAAGCCGAGGAAAUAAAACAAGAGAUUGACGCAUGCCAAUACGAGUGGACGCCCGGCAUGAAAAUGUUUCUGUUCGAGCUAUACGUCAAACAAAACAAAAUGAAGGAGGCUGAGAUAUUACUAUCUGAUCUGCAGGCCAACUCUAGGAAGUUUCUGAUAGAUAACAACAAAAUUGUGAUGUUCGCCACCGCGUUGGUGAAUGCGAAUCAACAUACGAAAGCCUUUAAAAUUAUCAAUAGGAUCAAUAAUGUUAAUACAUAUACAGACGCGCAGAAGUCCUGUUACCUACUUUUACAAACGUUAGCACAUAGUCAGUAUUAUUCUAACACGAAAGAUAUGUUGCAGCUGCUCCUCGAGAAGGGAUACUGUACUAUAACUACCGAGCUGUUGAGGCCACUGGUAGCGAUACCAUUAGAGCGCAAGGACAUCGCGACUGCUAUAGACAUAUUUGCCACAUGCGCCAAAAAGCACAACAAAACACCAUUAGCAAUGGAAUUGUUGGUGGCAUUGUUGCAGCUGAAAGACAGAUCAAAAAUGCAUAACGCGGACAUGUAUAUAAAAAUGAUAUACGAUAUAUUGUGUAAUAUACGCAACAUAGAUGUUGCAAACACAACGCUAAUGUUAGCGUUGGCUACAUUAGACAAGACGAAGGAAAUGCAAAAUUUAUUGCAGAAGCAACUAUUUUCUAUGAAUAACCUUUUGUCUUAUUACAAUUAUGCACGAAGAAACAAUAAUGUAGAUAACUUAUUGAAGAUCUUCAAAGCAAUUCCAGACUCAAGUAAGAUAGACCAGACUAUCUUAAGUGAAAUGAUCCUUUCUAUUUACAAUAAAACAGGAAAUUGCAAUGACGCAAUAGCGUUUUGGAAACUAAUGUGUGAAAAGGAUAUUGAGCCCAGUGAAAAAUUCAAGAAAAACUUUAUUCAGUUUCUACAGGCAAAUAAAGUUCCACUUCCUCCAGAGUUUGAACAGGAUAAGAAUAAAAUAAACGUUAGUAAUCUUUAAAUUAGAACUAAUACAUGUGAAAUAACGAUAAUCCAAAGAUAAAUAAAACAUAAUAAGAAAGGUGGACGAUAGGAAUUCUUAAAUAACAAUAUCACAAUAAAAAGUACAAUGACAAGGUAA